UGAAUAUCUCCACCAAUUUUGGUCUUUCCAGGGGAUGUAUGACGAAGCAGAGCCACUUUAUGAGCGGUCUCAGGCUAUACGGGAGAAAGCCCUGGGUCCGAAGCACCCCGAUGUAGCCCGUUCGCUCAACAAGCGAGCGUGGUUACUCUGUCGACAGGCCGAGCCUCUGAACGAACGUGCGAUCAGCAUCUGGGAAGGGGCAUUGGAGAGUGAGCAACCCAGAGUGGCUCCUGGACUCGAAAUGCGGGCAUGGGUUUUGAGAGUGCAGGGCAAGCAUGCUGAGGCCGAGACGCUUUCAGAGUUGUCGCAGGCAAUUCACCAGAAGGCUCUGGGGCCGGAGCACAGCGAUGUGGCGCUGUCGCUCAGCAACCGGGCGGAUGAACUAUAUCGACAGGUGAGGGAAGGCAAGAACGCCCCACUGCUGUUCUUGUGGUGCCCCGUGAUCCAGACCAAAUCGCUCGCGUCGCACGCUUCCCGGACAUUUCAGGGCAAGGAUACGGAGGCCCAACCGCUGUUUGAGCGUGCCAUCAAGAUCUGGGAGAAAGCUCACCGGCACGACCACCCGCUAGUGGCGAAUGUGCUUCACAACCGGGCAGGGUUGUUGAGCGCUCAGUACGCGCUUCCGCGCCGAAUACGCCUUCUGUUGGGUUUCUUGCAGGGAAAGUACGUGAAAGCACAUGCCUUGCUCGAGAGAGCCCUGGCCAUCAGGGAGGGUGCUUUGGGAGUGGAUCACCCGGACACUAUCACGUCUCUAGGGGCUUUGGCCGACUUGUACGCCAGGCAGGGCCUCCUGGAGAAGGCAACUCCUAUGUUGGAGGAGGUUGUCAGCGCCCGUGAGCGUGCUCAAGGGCGUGACCAUCCCGACGUGGCUUCAGCGCUUAGCAUGUGGGCAGUAGUCUUGAGCGACCAGGGAAAGAACGCUGAGGCGCUCGCUUUGUUCGAAAAAGCUCUGGCCAUCAGGGAAGGCGCUUUGGGAGUAGACCACCCGGACACGAUUACGUCGCUAGGGGCGAUGGCGGACUUGUACACCAAGCAGGGUCUCCUGGACAAGGCUUCUCGUUUGUUGGAGGAGGUUGUAAACGCCCGUGAGCGUAUUCAAGGGCGUGACCAUCCCGACGUGGCUUCAGCGCUGAACGAGCGGACGGUAUUGAUGUAUCAGCAGAGGGAGUUCGCGGAGGCAAUCCUACUGUUGGAGAGGGCGCUUCAAAUCCGCACGGAGAUGCUUGGGGGAAACCACCCGGAGACGCUCGACACCCAAAAGUGGUUGGAACUCUUACGAAAUCAGGACGCAGGUCGCAAGGCGUGA